UCUGGUUGAGGAGGCAAGACACACAGAGACAACUUCCAGGUGUCAAAUGAGAAAUGUUAGAAGUGAUAUAGACCAGCAGAAGGCUGGAGAAACCAGAGGUGGCUUCCUGGAGAAAGCUUUGAAGGAAAACCCAGUAGAGACCUCAUUCAGGACACAGCCAAAGCAGGGAAAAAGGAGAAGCCUGUCUGCCUCUAUCUUCUGCUAGCUGUAAAUGAAGCUGUAAAUGAUGUAGGUAAAUUUGAACAUCAUAAUGCUAAUCAUAGUGGUCCUGAGUUGUACCACCCUAAGUGAGGGGAUACUAAGCUCAGUGCUUUUCUAUUAGUGUGACCUUUGGCUAGAUGCUAACCUGCUGUAUAUCCUAGUUUCUCCAGCUGUAAAAUGGGCCUGAAUAGUUCUUGUUUCAUUGGUUUGUUUUAAGGUUUAAAUAAGAUACUGUAUGACAAACCUUCAGGUAUGGGGUCUUCCCUCCACAUGUCCAGAUGGGUCCUCAGUCCCUGGUCUUUAUCUCUGUGAAGUCCAGCCUGCAGGUGUCCAUGUUUCAGAGGUUCUCAGUGUGAGUCCUAAAAGUGGGUGAAUCCAUUCACCUCUCCCCAGUAGAAGGACUGUGGUCCCAUCUUUCUUGCCGGGAAUGCAGUGGGUUGCAAUGGAAGAUGGGAGUGUGAUCCUAUGUGGAGGGGCCCCAAGUGCCUCUACCAAUAUAGAAAGAGGGAACACAGUUGGGAGGAGGUCAAGAAGGGAGCAAAAUGUCUUGGCCCUGGCAUGCAUUUCUCUCAAGCUUUGGAAUUCCAGGUGCCUUAGAAGAGGAAGUAGGCCAGGAUGGGGUGAGAAUGGGAGUAAGUGGGCUGCCUUAUAGAUGAUAGUCUUCUUUGGGGGGUCGCCAAGGGCUAUGUUACCAUAGUAUAGGGAGGUAAGUCAGGAACUUGGCACCAUGGCUCUUAUAGGCAGGUGAGAAAGACCUCUGUUGGCUGGAUAAGUCUGGGACUUGGCUGUAGCUCAGCUGUGGCAGGUCUUGCCUCUUAGGAGGACACAGGUCUCCUUAGAUCUUUGGGGACCUCAAUGAGCAGGCUGACCUGGAGAGUAGUCUCCCCACCUCAGUGCUCAGAACCUUGCUGCUCCACCCUCAUGUAGCUUAGAAUGUUCCAGCUCUGUGCAGAACCUAGUAGAGUAGGGAAGAUAGGCUCUUACCAUGUGAGGAAGACUAUUGAGCCAAUAUCUGUACUGUAUGUUGCAACCCACUGUGUGCUCCUUAAUUCUGGCUCUUUAAGCCAGGACUUACUGACCUUUCCAGGAAACUCAGCAUUCUGAGAGUAUGUUGGGAGAAGACAUUCCAAACUCCCAGUCCUUUUGGGGUCUCACAGCUUGGAUUUUGGGCUCUCACAACUCCCCCUUUUCUAUUAUAAUUUUCAUUUCUGUCCAGCAUACACUGGAUGCAAAAAGAUAUACAUUGAAAUAGCCAGGGAGCCAACAGGAUGAUACCCAGAAUAGAAACUAUUGGGCUCAGAAGAGGCCAAAACCAGGAAAGCCAUUCUGGGAGUCCCCAGGUAUGACUAUAUUUUAAUUUGCCUAAUCUCCCUUUUGACCAGUGUCCUAGAAGAGGUAGUACAGUGCUCCAUGUGAACCCUGAAGGAGACUGUGAUGUGUAGGGAGGCUCAGUGACUGAGAUAUUGGCAGAGAGGAGGCACUAUUUAGACUGAGCCUCACAUUACAUUUGCUUGCUUGGAGGUGAAGGGGAGGGCUCCAAGCAGGAGCAGCAGCACAGGGAAUUCUCACCGGUCUGAAAGAGAAGCUAGGAAAUAGAUAAUAGGUUCAAGAGACCCCAGUCAUCUUUCUAUCUCCCUGGGGUUGAGAGAGAGGCGGGAUUAGAGGGUUGCAAUGGGAAAGGCCUUGGUUUGAAUUCCAGCCACCACUCACCAGCUGUGUUGACAGGCAAGUAACUUAACAUCUCCAUAUCUCUUGUUUUCCUGUAAGAAACAAGGUUGUAAGUUGAGUAAGUCAAAUAAGAUGAUCCUGCAAUGAGGUUGGCAUAGGGCCUGGUAUGUAGCAGGGGCUGUGGCCACUAUAGCUGUCAGUUUAAUUGGUUCAGUCCAAGCAGUACUGGGCUCUUUACUGGGUGUAGGGAAGCAAGGUAGCUUAUAGCACAGGAGUUUGGGGGGAGGCAGAAUAAAGGAAGGAUUUCACUGGCAUUGUUCUUAUCACCUGCCUCCUUCCCUGACCUGGGAGGAGCCUGGUGGAGCUGCCCUUUGUCCCCAGGGGGAGGCAGGUGUGGGCCCUAGUGCAGCCUGAAGCCUCUACACCAGAUGCCAGCUUUGCUGUCUGCCUCUGCCAAAGUAGCUUAUCCUGUUCUAAGUACCCCCUGGGGCCCUGGGGAGGAAAGCAAUUAGGCAUCUGUAAGGGAGUGGGUUAGAGAGCGAAUCACUGGAUCAGGAGGAGUGCUCACGCAUCAUGUCCUGUGAGUCACUUCUCUCUGGCCUCAGCUUACUCAUCUGUGAGAAUGAGAGGUAGCACCCAGUGAGCUAGUCCACAAAUGCCAAGUGCCAGUAGCAAGCAGCACCCACAGUGGGUCAGACAAUGUACUGCACUUCUUCUUGGGAGCCCUGGCAGCUGUGUGAAGUAGCUGAUAGUUCCGUUCUUCUGAUGAGCAAGGAGAGGCUCACAGAGGUGGAAAUAAAAGCUGGUGAAGGAACGGGGCCGUGGGCACAAGGGGCGGCUGUCAAGACAGGCUCAGAGCUCAGCCCGGUUGAUGGACCUGUUCCAGGUCAGAUGGACUCAGGGCCAGUGUACCAUGGGGACUCAAGGCAGCUAAGCACCUCAGGGGCGCCGGUCAAUGGUGCUAGAGAGCCCGCCGGACCCAGUCUACUGGAAGCUACAGGUCCUUGGCGGGUAGACCAGAAGCCCAACUGGGACGCUGCCCCUGCCCCAGCUCACACUGCUCGCCUGGAAGAUGCCCAUGAUCUGGUGGCCUUUUCGGCUGUGGCCGAAGCUGUAUCCUCUUAUGGGGCCCUUAGCACCCGGCUCUAUGAAACCUUCAACCGUGAGAUGAGUCGUGAGGCUGGGAACAACAACAGGGGCCCCCGGCCAGGGCCUGAAGGCUGCUCCGCUGGCAGUGAAGACCUUGACACCCUGCAGACAGCCCUGGCCCUUGCACGGCAUGGCAUGAAACCACCCAACUGCAAUUGCGAUGGCCCAGAGUGCCCUGACUACCUCGAGUGGCUGGAGGGGAAGAUCAAGUCUGUGGUCAUGGAGGGAGGGCAGGAUCGGCCCAGGCUCCCAGGGACUCUGCCUCCUGGAGAGGCUAGCCUCCCAGCACCAGGCACCAGGCCACUCCUUAGUUCUGAGGUCCCCCAGGUACCUCCCCUGGAGAGCCUGCCCCUGUCCCAGAGUGCCCUGAGCAUCGCCAAGGAAAAAAACAUCAGCCUACAGACCGCCAUCGCCAUUGAGGCACUCACACAGCUCUCCUCCGCCCUCCCUCAACCUUCUCAUUCCACCUCCCAGGCUUCUUGUCCCCUCCCUGAGGCCUUGCCCCCUUCUGCCCCUUUCAGGUCCCCCCAGUCCUACCUCCGGGCUCCCUCAUGGCCUGUGGUUCCCACUGAGGAACACCCAUCCUUUGUUCCCAACAGCCCAGCCUUCCCUCAAGCAACUCCAAGGACUGAGUUUUCUGAGGCCUGGGGCACUGAAACCCCACCAGCAACGAACCCCCGGAAUUCCUGGCCGGUUCCCCGCCCCAGCCCUGACCCCAUGGCUGAACUGGAGCAGCUGUUAGGCAGUGCCAGUGAUUACAUCCAGUCAGUAUUCAAGCGACCUGAGGCCCUGCCCACGAAGCCCAAGGUCAAAGUUGAGGCACCCUCUUCCUCCCCAGCCCCAUCGCCAUCCCCGAAUCUCCAGAGGGAGGCUCCCCCACCAUCUUCAGAACCUGACACCCACCAGAAGGCUCAGACUGCUCUGCAGCAGCACCUUCACCACAAGCGCAGUCUCUUUCUAGAACAGGCCCAUGAUGCCUCAUUCUCUGCUCCAUCAGAGCCUCCUGCUUCUGGCUGGUGGGUCCCACCAAGCUCACCUGCCCCACGGCCUCCAGAUAAACCACCCAAGGAAAAGAAGAAGAAGCCUUCUGCACCAGCUGGAGCUCUUGUGGGAACAGAGAAAGCCACCCCUGGGAUCAAGCCCAGUGUCAGAAAGCCCGUUCAGAUAAAGAAGUCCAGGUCCCGGGAAGUGCAGCCUCUCUUCCUGCCUCUCAGGCAGAUCAUCCUGGAAGGGCUGAGAUCCCCAGCCUCAGAGGAAGUGCAGGCACCUCCACCAGCCCCUCUCCCUACCACACAGGGCUCUGCUGUCCCCUUGCCCCCAGAACCUUCUCUUGCGCUAUUUGCACCUAGUCCCUCCGGGGACAGCCUGCUGCCCCCUACUCAGGAAAUGAGGUCCCCUAGUCCUAUGGCAGCACUGCAGCCAGGGUCCACUGGCCCCCUUCCCCCUGCUGAUGACAAGCUAGAAGAGCUCAUCCGGCAGUUUGAGGCUGAAUUCGGGGAUAGCUUUGGGCUUCCUGGCCCUCCUUCUGUGCCCAUUCAAGACACUGAGAACCAGCCAACUUGUCUCCCAGCCCCUGAAAGCCCUUUUGCCACCCGCUCUCCCAAGCAGAUCAAGAUUGAAUCUUCAGGGGCUGUGACUGUGCUCUCAACCACCUGCUUCCAUUCAGAGGAAGUAAGCCAGGAGGCCACGCCCACUAAGGCUGAGAAUCCACUCACACCCACCCUCAGUGGUUUCUUGGAGUCACCUCUGAAGUACCUGGACACACCCACCAAGAGUUUGCUGGACACGCCUGCCAAGAGGGCCCAAGCUGAGUUCCCUACCUGCGAUUGUGUUGAACAAGUAGUGGAGAAAGAUGAAGGUCCAUAUUACACUCACCUGGGAUCUGGCCCCACAGUAGCCUCUAUUCGGGAACUGAUGGAGGAUCGGUAUGGAGAGAAAGGGAAAGCCAUCCGGAUCGAGAAGGUCAUCUACACGGGGAAGGAGGGAAAGAGCUCCCGUGGCUGCCCCAUUGCCAAGUGGGUGAUCCGCAGGCACACACUGGAGGAGAAGCUGCUGUGCCUGGUGCGGCACCGAGCAGGUCACCACUGCCAGAACGCCGUGAUCGUCAUCCUCAUCCUGGCCUGGGAAGGCAUCCCCCGCAGCCUUGGAGACACUCUCUACCAGGAGCUCACUGACACCCUCCGGAAGUAUGGCAACCCCACAAGCCGAAGAUGUGGCCUCAAUGAUGACCGAACCUGCGCUUGCCAAGGCAAAGACCCUAACACCUGCGGUGCCUCCUUCUCUUUUGGCUGCUCCUGGAGCAUGUACUUCAAUGGCUGCAAGUAUGCACGAAGUAAGACACCACGCAAGUUCCGUCUCGCAGGGGACAAUCCCAAAGAGGAAGAAGUACUCCGGAAGAAUUUCCAGGGCCUGGCCACUGAAGUUGCUCCCCUUUACAAGCAGCUGGCCCCUCAGGCCUAUCAGAACCAGGUGACCAAUGAGGAAAUAGCGAUAGACUGCCGCUUGGGGCUAAAGGAAGGACGCCCCUUCUCUGGGGUUACUGCCUGCAUGGACUUCUGUGCCCACGCCCACAAAGACCAGCAUAACCUCUACAAUGGGUGCACUGUGGUCUGCACCCUGACCAAGGAAGACAAUCGCUGCGUGGGCCAGAUUCCUGAGGAUGAGCAGCUCCAUGUGCUCCCACUCUACAAGAUGGCCAACACGGAUGAGUUUGGCAGUGAGGAGAACCAGAAUGCCAAGGUGAGCAGUGGGGCCAUCCAGGUGCUCACGGCCUUCCCUCGCGAGGUCCGGCGCCUGCCAGAGCCUGCCAAGUCAUGCCGCCAGCGGCAGCUGGAAGCCAGGAAGGCAGCAGCCGAGAAGAAGAAGAUUCAGAAGGAGAAACUGAGCACCCCUGAGAAGAUCAAGCAGGAGGCACUGGAGCUGGCUGGGGUCCCCACCGACCCAGGCCUGUCUCUGAAGGGUGGGUUGUCCCAGCAAAGCCUGAAGCCCUCUCUGAAGGUGGAGCCACAGAACCACUUCAGCUCUUUCAAGUACAGCAGCAACUCGGUGGUGGAGAGCUACUCGGUGCUGGGCAGCUGCCGGCCCUCAGAUCCCUACAGCAUGAGCAGUGUGUACUCCUACCACUCCCAUUACGCCCAGCCCGGCCUGGCCUCUGUCAACGGCUUCCAUGCCAAGUACGCUCUUCCCUCCUUCAGCUACUAUGGCUUUCCAUCCAGCAACCCCGUCUUUCCCUCCCAGUUCCUUGGUCCUGGUGCCUGGGGACAUGGUGGGAGCAAUGGCAGUUUUGAAAAGAAGCCAGACCUCCAUGCUCUGCACAACAGCCUGAGCCCAGCCUACGGUGGUGCUGAGUUUGCCGAGCUGCCUGGCCAGGCUGUUACCGCAGAUACCCACCACCCUGCUCCUCACCACCAGCAGCCUGCUUACCCAGGCCCCAAGGAAUAUCUACUUCCCAAGGCUCCCCAGAUCCACCCAGCAUCCAGAGACCCUUCUCCCUUUGCUCAAAGCUCCAACUGCUAUAACAGAUCCAUCAAGCAAGAGCCAGUAGACUCACUGGCUCAGGCUGAAUGCAUACCCAGAGACUCUGGCAAGAUGGGCAAAACACCUCUGCCCGAAGCAUCUCAGAAUGGGGGGUCCAAUCACCUGUGGGGGCAGUACUCAGGAGGCUCAAGCAUGUCGCCCAAGAGGACUAACAGUGUCGGUGGCAGCUGGGGUAUGUUCUCUCGAGGGGAGAGCCCUGCCAUUGGAUCUGACAAGCUUAAUUCUUUUGGGGCUAGCUGCCUGACUCCAUCCCACUUCCCAGAUGGCCAGUGGGGGUUGUUCCCAGGGGAGGGGCAGCAGUCAGCCCCCCAUCCUGGAGGACGGCUACGAGGCAAAACAUGGAGCCCCUGCAAGUUUGGGAACAGCUCCUCAGCCUUGGCUGGGCCCGGUCUGACUGAGAAGCCAUGGGGAAUUGGGGCAGUGGAUUUCAACUCUGCCCUGAAAGGAGGUCCUGGGCUCCAAGACAAGUUGUGGAGCCCCAUGAAAGGGGACGAGGGGAGGAUUCCCACCUCCAGCUCGAGCCAACUCGACAAAGCCUGGCAGGCAUUCGGUAUGCCCCUGGGCUCCAGUGAGAAGCUAUUUGGGGCCCUAAAGUCAGAGGAGAAGCUGUGGGAUCCCUUUAGCCUGGAGGAGGGGACAGCUGAGGAGCCCCCCAGCAAAGGGGUGGUGAAGGAGGAGAAGGGCGGCCCAGUGGUGGAGGAGGAAGAAGAGGAGCUGUGGUCAGACAGUGAACACAACUUCCUGGACGAGAACAUCGGUGGUGUGGCCGUGGCCCCCGCCCAUGGCUCCAUCCUCAUUGAGUGUGCCCGGCGGGAGCUGCAUGCCACCACACCACUCAAGAAGCCCAACCGCUUCCAUCCCACCCGCAUCUCGCUGGUCUUCUACCAGCACAAGAACCUCAACCAGCCCAACCACGGGCUGGCCCUCUGGGAGGCGAAGAUGAAGCAGCUGGCAGAGCGGGCGCGGGCACGGCAGGAGGAGGCUGCAAGGCUGGGCCUGGGCCAACAGGAGGCCAAGCUGUACGGGAAGAAGCGCAAGUGGGGGGGCGCCAUGGCUGCCGAGUCCCAGCACAAGGAGAAGAGGGCUGUCCCCACCCGGCAGGCACUGGCCAUGCCCACAGACUCGGCGGUCACCGUGUCCUCUUAUGCCUACACAAAGGUCACUGGCCCCUAUAGCCGCUGGAUCUAGGUGCCGGGAGCCAGCGUACCUCAGCGUCGGGCCCCGCCCGAGCUGCCUCUGUGGUGCUUUUGCCCUCACACUGGGGGCGGGUUGGGGGUGCAGAAGUCUUUCUAUAUCUACAUAUAUGGAUAUACCUAUCAUAUAUAUGUAUUUAUGGUCCAAACCUCAGAACUGACCCGCCCCUCCCUUUCCUACUUCCCCAGCACUUUGAAGAAGAAACUACGGCUGUCGGGUGAUUUUUUUUUUUUUGUGAUCUUAAUAUUUAUAUCUCCAUGUUUUAUUUUUCCCCUUAUUUGAGGGGCUGUUUUUCCCUUUGUUUUUAAAACUCUAUCCUUGUAUAUCACAAUAAUGGAAAGAAAGUUUAUAGUGUCCUUUCACAAAGGAGUGGUUUUAAAUUCCAUUUAAAAUGUAUAUUUAUUGGGUUUUUUUUAAAGCGACAAUAGUAAUGGUAUUGGCUAGACAGGAGUGGCCAGCCGUGCUGCGGCCAAGCAGUGCAGCCUCCUGGGAGCCAACGGGUUCUCAGCCAUCUGCCCCUCCGAGCCAAGGGCAGCGGGUCGCUCCGGUCCAUCCGUCCCUUCCUGUGCACAGGGACUGCUCUGGACAGCCUCUGUCUUCUCUGUAGGGUGGGAAAAGCUAUACACAAACAUCCGGGGACCCCUUCCAGUUGGCAGUGGGCCAGACCCGAGGUCUGGCCAGAGAUGCUGGUGUAGAUCUCCCCAGAAACCAAAUUGGAAGUAGACGGCUUCAAGCUUGCUAGUCUCCACACUGAAUCCUCUCUGUCCGUUAUUUAUCAAGUACAUGAUGUUCUGGUUCGCUAGACGCACCUGGAGCCGGAUAGAGCCAAGGCUCCUGGGAGCCCUUUCCACCACGCUGAUAAGCCAAUGAAAACUGGGCUGAAGGAUCUUAGUGGCAGUUUUUAAAAAUCGCCCCACAGUUAAUGCUGAUACUGAAAAAGGGCUACUGUAUUUUUAAAAACAAGAAGUUGAACCCAAGCUGUGAAGAGCCAGCCAGGCUCCAUGGCUCUGUGCUUGGUGCUGUGCUGUGGCGGGGAGCCUGGUGCUGUAAGUAUUGUGCUGGAACUUUCUUGACUCUUUGGUCAAGAGUCUGCGGGAGCUCAGCGAGCCAGUGUAACAACAGUUAACACAUCUGUCCUUAUUCCUAGAUCUCCACAUCGGACAAUGGUGCAUGCCUCCCUGGCCCCCCCACCUUGUUCUCAUGUGGGGAGGGGCCUAUACUUAAUUUAAAAGUGCAAGAAUCAAACAUUUUCAACAGGUUGCUAUGAUUUUUCUUCCUUCAUUGGUGCCAGUUCUCCACUGGAUCAUUUUUCUUUCUUCUCUUUCCUCCCCUCUCCACCCCAUGUAACACACCCAUUCUAAAAUUCUGGUGCAUUUGUUUAGUCCUUUGAUGAGAAUGUGGUGCUUAAUUUUUGUGACAUUGUCAGAGAGGUUGUUGAGCCUGUCUGGUAGAAGCAACAUUCAUUCACAGCAAGUCAGACUUCCUGGAGUGUUUGCUUUCCUGUGGUAUUCACAGAAAAGAUAGCAAGCUACCCAUAUGGAUAUGUGUGGUGAGUGGGGAGCUUCGUGAGACACACAGAGGGGGACAUGGCCACCCAGUGAGUGACAGCCAAGCCCUGAGGGGGAAAAAUCAGGUAUUUAUUAAGCAGUUUAAUUCAGAUGUGGGUCUUCAUGAAUCAAGUUUAACAAUCAGAUGGCAAUGCUAACGGCGAGUUCCUGAGCUUCCAGGUGCCUUGUGUCCGAGCUGAGAGCCGCCACGUGGGGGCUACUAGAAGCUUUGGGGGCCCUGGCGGAGAGCCUCUAUAAGAUGUCCUGAGCAUUCAUGUGGUCUGGUUUUAACUGUAAAUAGUGAAAGAUUUUUUUAAGCACUUUUGCCUAGAUUUAAACAGCAACUUGGGGGAAAAAUACAUUUUAACAUGUAAUUGUGGGAGAAAUUGUAAAUAGUAGCUAAAUAUUUAACGUGCUUUGUCUAUCCUCCACUUUUACCAUAUUCUGUAAAGUUGCAUUUAUUUUACAGGACAAAAAUGAAAUAUUAUUGCUUUUGAAAUAAAUACCCAAGAACUUAUCAGGAUUUAGAUUUAUUCAGAACUCAGAUUUAUAGGAAAACCUCUGACCUUCAAUUUGACAAGCGAAAGGAGGCAGAGUCUUUAAGAAGCAUGCUGAUUUUCUAGUUUUGAGGAAAAGUUGGGUCCUUUAAAUGCUAUUUUGCUUAUCGCAUCAGUACUUUUACGCAGGUCUCAUUUGACUCCUUGCUUAGGUAGAUGCGGGGGUGCCUUGAAAACUUCAUUUUAAAUGAUCUUAAGCAAGAAAUAUGCUAUUUUGCAAAACAUUUGGCGAAUGUGACCGUCUGUAUGGCUCGUGGAAGCCCCAGGCUGGCUGUUGGUUUGGAAGGUCCUGAGUGUAGCCCAGGUGAUUCUGAUACGGCAUGUGUGAGUCUCUCUGACGUGUGUUCCAUAUACUCUUUCUCUUGUCACCCUUCGGUAGCAAAGCCAUUAGAUGAAAGAAACCAAUACAAGCUAAGAAGCAUGGGACGUGUGUCGCCUGGCCACACAGCUUUUGUUCACAAGCUCUAAGCCAGGAAACAGGCUGUGUCAAGGCCAGACGAGGCGAGGGAGAGGCAGUCUGAGUUGGAUAUUCCCAAUCCCCACCC